UGCUUCAGAAGAGGCCUGUUUUUCCUGGAUUUCAGAAAGUUUACCCAAAAUCACUUUCUGCGUAUCAAGAAGUUCCUUGAUCAUUUCAGUGUUAGUAGGCCCAGGAUUUUUUUCUACAUCCCCUGAUAACGACAACAACAUCCCUGCCAAAAAGAAACAUUCGCCGAUACAACUCGCAAUAGUAUGUGGACACGGCAGCACGACCAAACAAAGGUAAUCGCUACGAAAUACAUAUUUCUUAUCACUAACCUGCAUGUACAAAGGUACGUGAGCCAACAUUGUCACGGCCGUGCCGCCGAGUCCACUGAAGGCCGUCACUGCUGCAGCUUCUUUUAUACCCAAGAAUCCGUCAUGCCGAUGUCUUCUUAGUGACGUCAGGGUGCUCCAGGUGGGUGCGCGGUAGACAGUGUCCACGUGUAGAUGGAACGAUGGCUUGCCAAAAACGGCACUUGCAUUGCGGAGACAGCCUUGAUCGACGAUACACGUAGGCGAGAUCAGCGGUGCUUUCGCAGAAAGAUGCGCUCCAUCCGCCCGUCCCACGAAUCCGCCACCGAUGAAGCAGCUCUCGAAGACAAUCUGCAUGUACAAAGGUACGUGAGCCAACAUUGUCACGGCCGUGCCGCCGAGUCCACUGAAGGCCGUCACUGCUGCAGCUUCUUUUAUACCCAAGAAUCCGUCAUGCCGAUGUCUUCUUAGUGACGUCAGGGUGCUCCAGGUGGGUGCGCGGUAGACAGUGUCCACGUGUAGAUGGAACGAUGGCUUGCCAAAAACGGCACUUGCAUUGCGGAGACAGCCUUGAUCGACGAUACACGUAGGCGAGAUCAGCGGUGCUUUCGCAGAAAGAUGCGCUCCAUCCGCCCGUCCCACGAAUCCGCCACCGAUGAAGCAGCUCUCGAAGACAAUCUGCAUGUACAAAGGUGUUCGUGCGAUGGAAGCUGGGAACUUUCAAUGGGACAUCGUCAAUAAAGGACUCCACGAGAUUGGCCGGACUGCUGAUGAUACUGAUGAUAGGAGAUUGUGGCCUGGAGCAGUCGUACCGUACAUCAUCGAUUCUACGCUUGGUGGUCAAUUCGCUACCACAUUAAUCAAGGAGGCCAUGAACCAUAUCGCGCAAUUGUCGUGCAUACGCUUUGUUGAACGGACCAACGAGAACGGCUAUGUCCGCAUUGCAGAAAAAGAAGGGUGCUACUCGCUGAUUGGCCGCAAUGGCGGUGAGCAGCCGUUGUCCUUGGGCCGCGGCUGCCUCUAUCGCGGCACAGUGAUCCACGAGCUGCUGCACGCACUGGGCUUCUACCACGAGCAAAACCGCCCCGACAGGGACGAGUUCAUCAACAUCUUUCCAAAAAAUGUUAAAAUCGGGUUCCUGCAACAGUUUCAGAAGCUGAGGGGUGAUUACAUCCGCCGACUCACACGAUUCAGCUACGACUCGAUUAUGCUGUAUGGAUCGAGUACAUUUUCCCGGGGUCCCAAUCUGCCCACCAUGCUGAAAAAGGAUGGCGGAUGGCUCACGGAAGUCUACGACAAAAGCGAGCUAGACUGGUUGGAUAGUGUUCGCAUUAACAGGCUGUACGCAUGUAAGUCGAGAUAGCCAAAGCUCGUGUGCCUGAUGUCAUUUAACAAAUAGCACAUUUGAUCAAAGGAGCCAAGAAUUGAUACGAACAUGCCUUUAAAAAGAUGGAACACGGAGUAAAAGACGGGAAUAUUUAUAGACAAGGAAUGGGCAAUGGGUAGAAAAAAAAAAACUCGCGUACUUGGGGGCCUCAAUCGACACCUGAACAAAUAGAGGCACUACCCAACAAUACGAAUACAGUGUGAUUCAGUAUUUCACUAGGCUACGAACAUGCCUUCAAAGAAUAAAUGUUCUUGA